AUGGAAAUUUGGUGGUUUUCGCGAGUUGUUGCUCAUCAUCCUUAUGCAAUAUUAUCAGCGGUGUUUGUCCUGUCAUCGACAUGCCUAAUAGUUCCUUUGGCUACUAAUAAAUUUCCAGAUUUUACCGAUCCAAAAAUGGGAUUUGAAGCACGUGGGACAGCAGUUGCUCAGAGAUUGACUGCUUGGAUGAACUUGGAAAAAGCAACUGGUGCUCGAGGACAACUUAUUGACAAUCCCGUUGAAUAUUAUAAUUAUUUAUUGCAAUCAAUUAAACAGAAUACAACAGAUUCUUUCAACGGAACAAGAACAAUCCCCGGAAUAAUCAGAAAAAAGCCAAAAAAUAAAUCCAAAAAGAAAAAAUACAACAAACUCUCCAACGAAACAGCAAUAAAUGACGGUAAGGACCAAUGGGACGAGCUACUAAAGCUGAAAAACAACAAAAACCGACCGGAGCACAUCCACGAAGUAGAACUCAACACCCAGGAGGAGUUUUUCUGCCACCUGCCGAAUUCCUUGUACGCGAGAGUAGUAAUCGGCUCGGACAACAAGGACAAGAACCUCUGGUCCCUCGAGGGAGUUUUGGCGCAGUGUCACAUCGAUGCUAUGCUCCGAGCUAACCCCAAGUUUCCUUAUCUUUGCGAAAAGCCCGCAGAUCAUGGCUCAGACAGCGAGAAAUGCUGCAGGAGCUGGUCGCCGGCUAACUACGUAGCUUUUCUGUCGAACCGCACUUCUUGUCUAGGUGUAACUGAAGCUGAUUUAGCCAGAGUCGAGACUCUGCUGAAGAGAUGUGCUUAUUAUUACCGGAACCAUCAUUUGACGGCUGAUUGCUCGGAAGACUUUAAUUGUCAAAAGCAAGUGAUUAAAAACAACUCAAACGCAACCCUAGAAGUUGCAAUGUUAUUUCUGCCGAUGGCUGCCAGCGCAAAGUCAUUGAAUUUCUACAAAAACAUUGCGAUAGACGGACUAGAAUACGGAAGUUUCCGGGUGGUGGGAAUGGAGCUGGGUCUGAAAGACACUUUGUUCGACCGUCUUCUUGUUUCAGACUCCUCCUUUCUGUUAUCUGGGUUCGCAUUUGUCACCUUUUGCAUCUGGGCUUACACAAGCUCAAUUAUUCUCACGGUAUCGGCGAUACUCGCGGUUAUUUUUAGCCUGGGAAUCUCAUACGCUAUUUAUACUCUGGUCAUCAGAAUCAAUUUCUUUCCUUUUAUGAAUUUAUUGGCAAUUGUCGUCGCUGUUGGAAUUGGUGCGGAUGACGCAUUUAUAUUUUGCAAAAUAUGGGAAGAAAACAAGCAGGAAAAAAUAUCCAUCGGCGGAAUGACAAAGUUAGUACAGAAAACUUUGGUCCAUGCUGUUCCAUCGAUGUUGGUAACAUCAUUAACAACGGCUGUUGCCUUUUUCGCGUCAAUUGUCAGCAAUGUCACCGCUAUCAACUGUUUCAGUUUGUUUUCAGGCAUGACUGUGAUAGCAAAUUUCUUCCUAAUGGUAACAUGGUUACCUGCCAGUGUCGUCGUAUCCGAGCACUGUCGCUUUGUAAUUUUAUCACCAGCGAAUUUCAUGGUGCGAAAAAUAAUUCGCCCGUUAAAAAUUACCAUGGGAAAAGUCUCAGUGGGUUUCAGCCACACUCUAACAAAAAUAGUAAUUGGAUUAAGAUGGCUUUGGUUGCCAAUAUUAGGAGCAGCCGCACUGGCUGGAGGAAUGGUUGUCUUCAAUUAUCCAGGAUUACGCUUACCAGACUCGCCAAAUUUCCAGUUAUUCGACAGCUCGCAUCAGUUUGAGCGAUAUGAUCUUCUUUACAAGCGAAAAUUUUGGUUUGAAAAAUUAGAAAUGGACGGCGGUGAAGGUCUAUUGCCCCUCCGUUUCGUCUGGGGAAUAAAACCAGUUGACAACGGAAACUACCUAGACCCGACAUCUCGAGGAGAACUCGAGUUCGACGAGACUUUCGACAUAUCUGACCAAAAGUCCCAAGUGUGGUUACGAAAAUUCUGCCACAAUUUACGAGCCCAGCCGUUUUACCACGACACGCAGGGCCCGUUGUUGUCAAACUGCUUCAUCGAGUCCUUCAGCACCUGGAUGACACGUCGGUGCGAGGACCCAGGGGACCCUCAGCUCAGCAGAGCGCCUUGCUGCGACGUAAAUUCUUACCCUUACAAGCCCCAGGUGCUUCGUCGCUGCGUCGCUGAAGCAAGCGCGGAUUUAUACAGAACUCCUCACCACCUCUGGACUCGCGAGGGGGCUGUCGCCGGAGGGAUCAAGUAUUUAAAGGACUCCGUCAAGCCUACUUAUCUCUUCAACAAUAAUAAUAAUAAUAACAACACUAAUAAUAAUAAUAAUAAUAAUAAUUAUAAUUAUAAUAAAAACAUGCCAGUGCCGAAAAUAAUGGUGCUGAUAGUUGAAUACGACAGUACGUACUCCUACAGCCUAUCAUUCGCAGAAAUGAACGAGUUUUACAACAAAGUCGAGACGUGGAUGCAGCAGCAACUGACGACAGCGCCCCGAGGCAUGAAGAACGGCUGGUUCGUCAGUUAUCUGGAGUUUUAUGAGCUCCAGAGGACUUUGUACGAAGGAACCAUCUGGGCAAUGGUAGUUUCGAUGAUCCUCGCGCUGAUUGUCUUGGCGCUAGUGACGCUCAACCCGUUGGUCAGCCUGUACGCCAUUUUGACGAUCGGCGGCGCCAUUUUGUCGACAGUCGCCGCGUUGGUGCUUCUAGGCUGGAGAUUGAAUGUUUUAGAAAGCGUGACGGUGUCGACGGCGAUAGGGCUUGCGGUGGACUUUAGUUUGCACUACAGCGUGAGUUACCGCGCGUGUAAAUCUGAAAAAAGGGUCGACCGGGUGAAGAGGGUCCUGGAGCAAAUGGGAGGACCCACUCUGAUGGCCGCGGCCACCAGCGGAGUCUCUGGGGCGCUGAUGCUGCCUUCCCACGUACUCGCUUAUAUCCAAAUCGCGAUUUUUAUGCUCCUAAUUAUGGGCGUAAGUUGGUUAUACGCGACUUUCUUCCUCUGUCCGCUCCUGGCUGUGAUAGGACCCUCCCCGGAGUUCGCGCAGUUUCAUUAUACUAGGCUCAGGAGGCUCUUUGAAAUUUUUUGCAAAAAUGGAGCGAGCUAUCAGCUCAAAAUUGAGCAGCAGCAGGUGGCUAGAAGCAGUCUGGGAACCUAGUGCUAAGUUAAAUGUACUUCCUGGGGGUCUUGAGAUGAUGGAUGUCGCUGGAGAUGGCGAAGCUAGGCUUAUUGCAAUUGAUCUGGGCGAUGAAUUAAAAGAUUCUGCUAAAGUACGAGUUUUCAAAGAAAGUUUUCAAGUACAAGAGUACACAAUGUUACACCCCCCUUGUGGAGUAGUAGGAUUUUACACAGAAAAUAAUGAUCCAAAAUCGGCAGUAGUAGCAGUUGCGUCUUGUACCGAUAUAUUUUUUUAUAAAAAUAUGAAACCUCAUUUUAAAUCCCGUCUACCUUUUUUGGACGCGCAUCCUAAAGAGAAAGAAAUUUGGCACAAAGCUGGAGUUGAGCAAGAAUUGAACGUAAAAAUGUUGUACGAAGAUCUCGAUUUACUUUUAAAAGAACUCGGCGCAGCUUUUAUAACUCCCAGAACCUUAAAAUUCUUAUCACUGGACGAAAACUUGCGCUUAGAGUUCGCGGAUUUGUACAGAAGCGUUCCUCUGAACCGACCAGACUGCGCGACCACGAUUGGAACCAUCAGAAAGGAUUCUUGGAACGAUCCGGCGAGCAGUUGUUUGGUUGUCGGUACAGAGGAAGGAUAUCUUUUAAUUAUGGAUCCAAGGUCGUUUCACGUGAUAGAAAAGUUCCAACUAGAUUGGGCGCCAGUGACGACAGCCAGCGUGGGCUUAUGGUCUGGCGAGGGCCAAAUUUUCGUAACCGGAAGGGAAAUGGAGCUCGGCUCGAUAAAAAAAGGCUGCGGGACGAUAAAACUUUGGGAUGAUUUGCCGAACCCGGCCGUCGCUAUGAGCAUUUUACCCGGCGAUGGUCUAGCAGUAGUGAUUAUGAGCGGAAUUGUUAUUGGAUUCACGGGUAAAGGGCAGCGGAUCUGGGAUAUUGAACUACCUGGGUUAGCCCUUGAUAUGAUAAGCAUCCCCGUUCCUCAGUCGGGAUUGUCGCUGAUUGCUGUUAGCGUUCCUAAGGUUGGAGUUGUCAUUUAUGAUUCGCAACAUCAUGUUGAUACUAUAACAACUUUUGAACCUAUCUCUGCAAUGAAGUUUGGCAGAAUGGGACAAGAAGAACGCGCACUAGCAAUGGUAACAGUAAACGGAGGAUUGUGUGUAAAAAUCCUAAAACGAACUGCUAAUUUCAGUACAAGGCUAGGAUCAUCAUCAUCUUCAACCAGCGCUUCGGAGAAUAUAAACCCGGGGUCUAAAUUUUCAAUUCCCAAAAAAACGAGACUGUUUGUCGAGCAAAUGAUGCGAGAAAGACAAGAAGCCAAGAAAAUUUACCAAAGUUUUGAGCAGAGUUUUCUGAGACUCCAGCUAAUGGUCGAGAAGCGAGCUCACGAAGUUAUUUUUUCAAAUCCCGACGCGAUCAACAAUCCAAUUACCAUGGAGAUCAGCGUUCUAGGACUAGGACCUACUUAUGUACUUCGAACUCUGGUGGCAAGCAUGGCCGAGGACAAAAACGAGCCGGCCUUGUUUUUGGUUUUCCGAGCAAGUGAAGCAGUCAUCAAGCCUCGGGUUGUGGACUUGCCACUGCUUACUCCGGGAAUUCAAAUGCCCGUGAUGGUAAAGGCUACCCCCAAAAGUGCUGUUUCCGAAAAAGUAAGAGUACUUUUGUGCAAAAAAGGAAACAUGCAGCCAAUAACUAGCGCAAUUGUGAUGAUUCCUAUCGCAGAGCCUGAUAUUGAAGUGUAA